AUGAUAUUAAUAUUUGGAGAAUGCAGAAAAAACGCAGUUGCUGCUGCUAGACUUUACGCGCAGAGAUUUCCUGGUCGUCGCCACCCAACAAGGCAUUACUUUCCAAAAAUUGUGGCGAAAAUGCAAACAGAGCCGGUCAAUAAUGGAAACCUUAGAUACAUUGUAAAUGGCGAUACGGAACGAAAUGUUUUGGCAUGUAUCGAAAACAACAACAAUGCAUCAGUUAGGGAGAUUGCAAUACAGUGCGAAAUUUCAAAAACAUCGGUGUGGAGGAUUUUAAAAAAACAUAAACUUCGUUCUUACAAAUACCAAUUACAUCAACAUUUGUACGAGAAUGAUUAUGAAAGACGACUCCAGUAUUGUAUUG